UGCUGGCGGGAGCUCGGCGGGGCGGUGCCUGGCGCGGACCGCCCGGCCCCACCGGCGGAGCAGCCGCGGGAGCGCGGCCCGGGCGACUCGGCCGCGGGCGGUUCUGGCGGCCCGAGCGCCGCGCCCUUCCCCGGCUCCAUGUCGGCGUGGCUCGGCCGGGCGGCGCUGCUGCUGGGGCGGCCGGGGGGCCCCGCCGCCGUCCCCUCGUCCUGCCUGGGCUCGCUGCGGGGCCCGCGGUGCUGCUGCCGCCGCCGCCCGGGCAGCCUGCGGGGCGGCGCCGAGGGGCUGCUCCUCCCGCGGGGGUCGCGGGCGCUCGGCACCCACCCCAAGAAGGAGCCGAUGGAGGCGCUGAACACAGCGCAGGGGGCCCGCGACUUCAUCUAUAGCCUACACUCCACCGAGCGGAGCUGCCUGCUGCGGGAGCUCCACCGCUUCGAGUCCAUCGCCAUCGCCCAAGACCCCAUAUCAGCUAGGGGAGGCUGUCAGCAAUAUGGGGAGACCUGGGCACAUCAAGAACCAAAUGGGGCAAGUUCCUCAGCCCAUUCCCAGGCCUACCACCAGAAGGAUGCAGUUCCACCAGCUAAUUGCCCUAGCACGAAAUAUGACAGGACACACUAUCUGUGGCCUCCGCUAAUGGCAGAGGCUGCGGGGAAACCCAUCCUUUGCUGCGGCUGCUACGCUGAAGGACGGUCCUCAGAGAAGUUGGAGGUUGCACCACCAUCUCCAGGACAACUGAGACAUGUGUUCUUCCACAAUGCAUUACCUUUUGUAGGGUUUGGAUUUUUGGAUAACGCAAUUAUGAUUGCUGCGGGAACCCAGAUAGAAUUGUCAAUUGGAGUUGUCUUAGGAAUUUCAACUAUGGCAGCUGCAGCUUUAGGAAAUCUUGUUUCAGAUUUAGCUGGACUGGGUCUUGCAGGUUAUGUGGAAGCUUUGGCUUCCCGGCUGGGUCUGUCAAUCCCUGACCUGACACCCAAACAAGCUGACAUGUGGCAGACCCGUCUCAGUGCACACUUGGGUAAAGCUAUUGGAGUGACCAUUGGCUGCAUUUUAGGAAUGUUUCCUUUGUUGUUCUUUGGCGAGGAGGAAGAAAAACUGGAAGAAAAAUAAUAAUCUUUUUACAAGACAUAUACAGAUGUAAACUACUGUACCUCAAUUAUUCAAUUAUGCCGUCAAUAUUUAGGAAUUAACAGACAGUAAAAAAUGUAUAGACUUGGGAACAAAACCUUCAGCAUGUCAUUUUAUGGAAACACUAAUUUAUUGUGGCCUUGUUGUGUUCAGUACUUCUUUUUAUAAGAUAUCAUCUAACUUUUUAUUUAAUUGUAAAUUUUUGAAGUGUUUUCACUUAUGGCAAGAUGUUUACCACUUUCCCCUUUGAACUUUAAUGGAUUAUUACUUCCAUAAUCUACUAUGGAUGACAGUAUCACUCUUGAGCUGCAUAUUGGUUGCUUAACAGUUGUAAUUGCAUGACAGAAAUAUCACUGGUGUUCAUCAGGUCCUUCAAUGCAGAUUAUUAAGAAGGUCAGUGAUGAGUAAUUUGAAGUCCCUCACUUUGCAGGGAGACUGGUUGCCCCUCACCAGCCAUCAUUUUGCACUGUCUUAGAUUAGAUAUUUCAGUGAUCUUUGACAGUAUAGUUUCAUUUUUAUCACAAUUCUGACUUAGGUGUCUCUGAAUUGUCUUCUGAGAUGAUCAUGUUGAUGCAUUGACAAGGUAAGUGUUUCCAGGGUAGGCUCUCUACCAAGUCCAUUUUUAAAGUGGUGUUUUAACACCUUCUGUACUUCCAUAUCCAUAUCUCUUUUUUCCCUAUCUAAACAGUGUUUUCUGAAUUGAGUUGAAAUAUCCUUAAAAUUAUCUUCCUCUGGCUUGAGUGUGGUAUUGAAAAAUUCAUACCAACUAUUUCAAAACCACAAACAACUUUUUUUAUUGUUCUGCUUAAUAUAAGGUGUGAAUAGUUGAUUGGGUAGAUGAGGCCAGGGAACAGUUCAGGGUAUGAAUGAAUGCUGACAUUGCAAGUUUGUAAGGAGUGGUUCAGUUGAAAUUAUAAGUGUACCAUCAGUCUGGAUUAGAGGACCUGAUUUGAUGAUAAUACCUUUAUGUUUAAGAUUCAGCCUUUGCUACUUUUUUUUUUCCUGAGACAAUUAAUUUUAAAAAACUAAACAACAAAAAUAGGAGAAUUGAAGCCUUUUUACUUCUUUUUACUUUUAUUUUUGUAGUCUUACUUGGCAUAUGAUAGACCUGACAGUGCAGUAUCAUGUGACUCUGCUUUUUUAUAUGGUUAUGAAUAAAAUUAUGGCAACUAUUGAAUAUUCAUAAUAUUUCAGGAUCUUACUUGCCAGUAGCAUAAUGCUAAACUGCUAAUUGUCCCUUAGAGGAGAAGGUUUCUUACUUGUGUGAAUACCAUUUGGAAAAGCCACUAAAAAGUGGCACAGCCAAGGCACUUUAAAAGUUUUAUUGCUGAAAUUGCUAGCACUUCUGAAACCCAGAAAGAAAUGUUAAAAAAAAAAAAAUCAAGUCCCCUGAUUUUUAUUUGCUAUAGGAAAAGUCAUUCUGUAAUGUUUGUGUUUUACAACGCUCAUUGCUUAUCUCAUUGUUACAAAUAUGACUUCUCUGUUGAUUUCUAGAAACCCUUUAACUGCAAUGCUGAAACUGACCUUAAUGAAGGUGGCACUUGUAUCUGUUUCUUAAAAAGCAGAUGUUGAAAGCUUGGAGUGAGUAGUCCUAAUAGUAUGUGCUGUACUUUGUACAUCAAUCCAUGAAAAUCUGGAUCAAGCUGUAAAACUGAACAAAAGCUCAGCCGAGCAUCAGACACAAAUGCAGAGGAGUUUCGGCUUGUGCUUCAAAGGUGGAAGCUUUGUUAAAAUAAAAUAAAAUUAAAUAAAAAACCAAAUAACAACAACCCCCACAACUCUAGGAAAAAAAAAGACAUCAGAAAACCCCAACCCACAAAAACAAUCCAGAAAGGCAAUUAUGCACUCUUUCACCAACAGAUUGCUGCUGGUGUGCAGUACUUCAGUGCUCAGAGGUUUUUUUACUCAUCCACACAUUUGUCUUUUAACUUGAACUUGUCUUGAACUUUUAACUUUUCACACUUUUGUUUCUAUACAAAGCUGUAUGUAUUUUUCACGUUUUUCUUAAACUGAAGUACAAGUCAGAGCAAUUUUGUAUAGCUUCAUUUGUUGCUGUUUUUACAAUUACUUCAACACUGUUUCCCAUUACCGGUACUGGCAUCUUGAUUGGAAUCUUCCAGCAGUGGCCAAAUCUCUGUUCUUUGGCAUUGUACCAUCGGAACACUGUUUUCAUCACUCUAUUGCAGCUCAUGAGAACAAUUGGAAGGUUGUGCCAGCUGUCACAGUAGUAUUUGUUUCAUAAUGGCAAUAGGAAAGACUGUGUACUGUUGUUAAAUAGCUUGUGCAUGUAAAUUGAGUACCUUUUGUUGCUGUAUGUCAAACUAUUGUACUGCAACCAGUGCUUUUAUUGAGAAUCAAUGAACUAAAGUAUCUUGAAAGAAGUUAAUCAUGUGUCGUCUUGUUAAACUGUUUAGUUGACCACAAAAAUGUGACACAUGGUAAGAAAUAUUGGGUAUUUCAGUGUGAUACCAUGAUGAAGAAAGUGACUUCUGGGCUUUCAGUAUUUUAUAAAGGUGAAGAAUAACUUGUAAUGUGAGAGGAUUAGUAGUGCUGUUGGAGGCUCAGAGAAGGUCUUUGUUGGGGCCAAGCUGCCCCCCUGAGAACAAGGUAGUUUCCUUUGGCUGCAGGAUCCACACUUGUGUGGACAUGGCACUGCUUUGUAUGGAAUGGAAGAUCUGUGCCUGAUCUGUGCCCUGUCUCUCCACUAGGAGAAUGGGUUUUUCUGGGGUAUACGGAUGAAAGUAAUUCCUGAUAUGCUCUAUCACAUUUACUAAAAACCUGAGAAGACAGUCUCCUUUAUUUUCUGGUAUCUUCUCCCUUCUUGAUAAAAGGAAAAAGAAAACACUGCACGCUUGUUAAGAGACUUCAGUAUUGCUCUAUUUUUUUUUAUUCUAUCAGUUUGUCCUUUGUUAACAGGAAUUUCUUUUGCCCUGAAGGGCUGGUAGACCCAAAAUUGCAUUUGAAAUACUGUCUUCUAUUGUAAUUUCAAUUAUAAAUGUAUUUUUGACUGUAUGCUCUCUCUAGGAACAAAGAACAUGCAUCUGAUAAUAGGGUUACCCAAAUCUUCUUGCCAGUAUUUUCUCAUGCAUGUACUUUUACAUAAAUUAUUUGAAUUCAGACAACAUAUUUUGUAUUGUCUUUAAUUAAAUUGUUGAACUUUCUGUAAACUUUUGUACUACAGCAAAGCUGUUCUGUGUUUCUUUAUUAGACCAGAUGCUGGAGGGGAAAUAUUAUUAAUAUCCUGUGGGUAUUCAGCCUCAGUUAUACUAAACAGGAAUUUAUUAUAUUUAAGUUAUAAGUAAGUGGUCCUUUGUCACUGUCAUAGGAAAUACCACUAUGGAGUGGUACUUCUGUCUCUUCAUGCUCAGAAGAGAGCAAUUUAAAUAAUUAAAAUAUUUGCAUGGUAAA